CAUGGUCUGGUCUUCACUUUGGGACCAAAGUUUCAGACUCCAAAAAAAAUCCCACAACAGAUAAGUAACCGUCUCGAAGAAGCUACGCGGAUAUAGUAUGAAUUAAGUAUAUUUUGCUUGACUUUUGAGUGAGUUGAGGGGAAAGGCGUGAUUAUAAAUGGAGUUGAGAUUUACAGCCACUUCCAAAUUCCCUUAAAAAAAGAGCCGUGAAUCUGAGAAAAGUAUUUCUUCAGGAUGCAGACGCCAGUAACGCCCUCUAGCAAAAGGCUAUAAGAGAGAGGGAGGAGAGCUCGGUUUCACUUCUUACUGCUGACAGGCGGUGGGGUAGCAUUCGACCGCGAUUCCUCCUGCUCAAGUGCGACUCAUUUUUAGUAAAUCGUGUUUCGACCGAAGGCUUCGCUAUUUUCCGGAACCCAGAUCGCUGCAGUUAGGGAGGAACCCCAGCCGCUCGCGCCGAGAUGAUUUGCCGUGCUCUUCACUGAUACUGGUCCACUUUUUUUUUCAUUUCUUGUGUUUGUUCUGUUGUGUUAUUUUAUUUUAAAAUCCCUUUUUUAUCCAAAACAAAAAAAAAUCGCCUCAUGGAUCGAAAGCCCAGCACUCGCGAGGAGGGGGCGUCCGCCUCAGUUGGCGGGACCCCUGAGGAAACCGGGGUUCCGAGCCUGGCCGUCACCGACAUGAUGGUUCUGUUAACCCGGUUCGGCAAAACGCUCCUGUGGCUCAUGCUGAUCUAUCUGACCGGUUACUUCGGGCUGAGUGUGAGCUUUCUGGUUUUCGGGCUGAUGCUGUGGAUGGGCUGGAAAAUGCGGAGGGAAAACAAGCGGAGUAAACUGAGGGACGCCUUCUACCUCCUGGAAAACGAAGAGAUCGUCACCAGGAAGAGAGCAAACAAGAGCCUUCCAGCCUGGAUUAACUUCCAGGAUCUUGAGCGUGCAGACUGGCUAAACAAGGUUCUGCAGCAAGCAUGGCCAUUUGUUGGUCAGUACCUGGAGAAGCUGUUGGUGAACUCCAUUGCUCCCAUUAUUCGAAGUUCGAACAACCAUCUACAGACCUUUGCCUUCACAAAAGUCAGCUUUGGAGUGAAGCCUCUGAAGGUUCAUGGAGUACAGGUGCAUACAGGUACAGACAAACGACAGGUCACACUUGACCUGCAUAUCAGUUACAUUGGUGACUGUGAAAUCAAUGUUGAAGUGAAGAAGUAUUUCUGCAAAGCUGGAGUGAAUGGUAUUCAGCUCCAUGGGAUGCUUCGCGUGAUCCUUGAGCCCUUGAUUGGAAAUAUGCCUUUAGUGGGAGCAGUGACCCUGUUCUUCGUCCGCCGCCCAGUACUGGACAUUAACUGGACGGGACUCACCAACCUGUUGGAUAUUCCAGGGCUGAGCUCGAAGUCUGACACCGUACUUAUGGACACCAUUGCCUCUUUCCUGGUUUUGCCAAACCGGAUCACUUGCCCUCUUGUUGGAGAACUCCACGUGGCUGAGCUCCGUUCUCCCUUGCCUCGGGGAAUAGUACGGAUCCACCUAAUUGAAGCAGCGAGCCUGGAGUCAAAGGACACCUAUGUCAAGGGAUUCAUCAAAGGAAAGUCUGAUCCGUAUGCAAUUGUACGAGUGGGCACACAGGCAUUUAUGAGCAAGACCAUCAGUGAGUCCGUGAAUCCCAAGUGGAAUGAAAUGUAUGAGGUGAUUGUCCACGAAGUCCCUGGUCAGCUGUUGGAAAUUGAGAUGUUUGAUAAAGACCCAGAUCAGGACGACUUCCUGGGCAGAAUGCAGCUAGACCUUGGGGAAGUGAUGAAAAAUCAAAUAGUGGAAGAGUGGUUCACUCUGAAGGAUGUGGAGAGAGGAAAAGUUCGUCUGAAACUGGAGUGGUUGUCCCUGUACUCUGACCCAGCAAAACUAGAGCAGGCACUUAUGGUUAAUAGCUCCAUCACUGUACAGAACAGUGAGGAACCCUCUGCUGCCAUCAUGGUUGUUUAUGUGGACCAAGCACAGGAUCUCCCGCUAAAGCAAGGGACCAGGGAACCGAAUGCACUGGUCCAGGUCUCGUUAUUGGACAAAACCUUCGAGAGCAGGACCGUGUAUAACACAAACGCCCCAGUUUGGGAGGAUGCCUUUACAUUCUUUGUUCAGAAUCCGAAUCAACAAGACCUCGAUAUACAGGUUAAGGAUGAUGACCGUCAGUUGAGUCUGGGGUCAUUGUCCAUAUCUCUGUCACAGUUGCUGAUGAGCCCAGAUAUGAGCUUUGACCAGUGGUUCCCACUAGAACAUUCUGGGCCCAAUAGCCAGAUUUAUCUAAAGAUCAUAAUGCGGAUCCUGAUUUCUGAAAUGGUUGACCUGGAGAAGCUUCCCAGAACUCGGAAAUCCACACUGGAACAAAAACAGGGACCAACAAAGUCUGACAAGAUCAAUAUGACUGCAACUAAGUUGAUGGAGGCAGCAGGAGUGGGAAGUCUGAUCCAAGUUCCCUUACCAACUGAAAGCAGUGCCCCCAGCAGUGUGGGGACUGAGGGCGUGAUACGGAUUCAUCUGCUAGAAGCUGAGAAUCUAAUUGCAAAGGACAACUUCAUGAAAGGAAUGGUGAAAGGAAAGUCGGAUCCCUAUGUCAAAUUGCGAGCAGGAGCCCAAAGCUUCCGGAGCAGAACAAUUAAAGAAAACCUUAAUCCCAAGUGGCAUGAACUAUACGAGGUCAUUGUAAAUCACAUUCCAGGCCAGGAGCUGGAGUUUGAGCUCUUUGAUAAGGACAUAGACAAGGAUGAUUUCCUUGGAAGAUUGAAGAUCAGCUACAAGGACAUCAUGAACAGUAAAGUUAUGGAUGAGUGGUUCAUGCUGAAUGAUGUCAAAUCAGGAAAACUUCAUCUCAAGUUAGAAUGGUUGCCACCAGGCAUGGAUUCAGUCAUCCUAGAACAGGUCCUUCAGGCUAACAGGACCAUCUUCACACAGAACGAGGUGGAACCAUCUGCAGCCAUCUUGACCGUCUACCUGGACAGGGCACAUGAACUUCCUAUGAAGAAAGGGAAGAAGCACCCCAGUCCAAUGGUUCAGAUAACUGUCAAUCGCACCUCGUUUAAAAGUCAGGUUAUUAGUAGCACAGAACUACCCAUUUGGGAGGAGUCAUUUUCAUUCCUUAUAGGGAAUCCAAACAAGGAAUGUUUGGAGGUUCAGGUUAAGGAUGACAGUUAUGUCCUGGGGACUCUGACAUUUCCACUCUCCCAACUGCUGGCCAGCAAGAAUCUGACCUUGGACAAAUGGUUUCAGUUGGAAAAUUCAGGACCCAAUAGUAAAAUCAUGUUAAAAGUCAUGCUGGGGAUCCUAGUUUCUGAGCAUUCCAGGGAGCUUUUCUCAAUUCAGACCGCAGCACAGGAACCAGCUAACUAUGAGGUGGAGAAUGUAUCCUUCUCGCCUUCAGUUAGUGACGAGAGUGAAUCGAAACCCAUUUCAUCAUUAGCGAAUGAUCCCAGCAACCAUUCAGUGUCCUCCUUUGCUUCCGAGCACAACAUCAUUUCAACCAGCGAAUCAGCGUCAUCUGAACUGGAUCUGCGACAGAGAAUGAAUCGUAAAAUGGAUGUUUCAGAGUCGCCACAGAUCAAGCUGACACUGCAGUACAAUGUGCAGCAAAGGAGACUGCUGCUUGUAGUACAUUCCUGCAGGAAUCUGAAGCUCCAUUCCAAGGAGAUCCCUGACCCAUAUGUGUCUCUAAUUCUACUCCCUGACAAAAAUCGAGUGACAAAGAGAAAAACGAGUGUAAAGAAGAAAACAAUCAAUCCUGAGUAUAAUGACAAAUUUGAGUUUGAAUUACCAUUAGAGGAAGCACAGAAGAGAAAGCUGGACCUUACUGUGAAGAACAAUGUUUCCUUCAUGUCCAGAGAGAUUGGAAAGCUCUGUUUUGAUCUCUCUCAGCUUAAUCUGACUCAGGAGAUAACACAGUGGUUCGAUUUGAAGGAAGAAUAGUGGCUCAGUGGCCUUAAGCCCAUUUCACAAUUGUUUUUGUUCAUGAAUGGUUUUAUUUCCAUUGAAGUAUUUUAUACCGCUUAAAGUAUUAUGUCACAAUUUUUAAUGGUAUUUUGUAUUCAAUUACUAUGUUUUUGUUUUAAUUCACAAAGUUUGAGUAUCAAGAGUGCCACAUUUUUCAUCCACUAUUAACAACAUUAGGCCCCUCCCAUUUGAAAACAGUUUAAGUUUAUCUAAACAUCUAUACAAUACCUGUGGUUCUCAGGAUCCUUACAAUUACUUCCAAAACCUAAGUUCCGAUGUGAAAGAAGUUCAGGAGUUUUCAGUGCAAUGCUGCCUGUCACUUAACAUAAAAACAGACAUGUCCCACUGGCACAGCAGAAAUUGGAACUAAGCCAUGACAGAAUUUUAUAGUAAGCGUUAUGUUGGGUAUUACAUAACUUAGACCCAUAGUAAGUGUGCUGAUCUGUGGGGGUGGAAAAGUGUUUCAUUUCUGUUCUUUAGACCUGGUGCAAGCAUAUUGGCCUUGGGCUUCAUUAAUGUUUUAUAUGCUGGUGCACCACAAUCAGGCUGCCUGCAUUACCAUGAGCUACUUAUUAUCUUUACUCCUGUUUUUUUUUCCUGAAUUAAUGAAAAAAUGUGGCUUUCUGAUGCUUUGGGCAGGCUGUGUGUGAACAGCUCAGAGUAGAAUUGCUCUGGGGUCUGUGAAGUUCCCAAGUGUCAAAACGUGUGAAUUGUUAAAUUGCAUAUGUAGCCAUUAAUGAAUUUUGCUGUGUUCAGUGUCUUUUAAAAGCAACCCACUUCUGGAAUUCUGCACCGUCCAAAAACUAAGAGGUGUGUCAGAACUGGGAAAACUUGCUCCACUGGAGUGUUUGUUGUGCAAGAUCUGGCAGUUUUAGCAGAAGUCUGUUGAGGGGCAUAGCCCCACACCUGGCCUCCUAUGUUUCUCGUUGCUAUGAGCAGUGCCCGAGGCUCCAUGGUGAAUAAAAUUGUAUUAAGUGCCAAGUUCAACAAUGGGUUGCUUGAAGCCAUUGUGUACAGUAUUAAGAUGCUUUUAUAACUAAUAGUUUGUAGUUUGGAGGUUUGCAUAAAUGUACAAACAUUUUCUACUACAUACCAGGUUUUUCUUUUUAUGUGAUUAGCUUUGAGAAAGCCUGUACAUUUCACGUUCUCAAACAUCAAGAGGGUGUGGUGACAUGGUGGCUAUGUUAGCAGCCUAAUAAUCCCACAAUGAGUGUUUAAAUCCAACCUCGCCAGUUGCGGAAUUUAAAUUAAUUAAAUAAAUGGUGAUGAUGAACCUACUGUAUUGUUGUAAAGGCCCAACUGGUUCACUAAUAAUGUCUUUUUGCAGAAGGAAACGUGUUGUCCUUACCAGUCUGACUCCAGAUCCACAGCAAUGUGGUUGUCUCUCGACUACACUCUGAAAUGGCAUAGCAAGCCAGUCAGUUUAUGAAAAACCGCAAGGAGAUUGCAGCAACUCAAAAAAACGGCUUUACCAGAAACUGACCUAUGAAAUUAGUAAUAUGUUGAAAAUAUGUACCUGACAAUGGAGGCUUUAGGUUCACUCAAAAUCACUCCGCCAUAGUACCAGCGAGUUAAACACUCCAGUGUAGUUUACCAGUCUGUGCAAACUCUCAGCCAGCUUGGGUGCUACAAGUAGAUCCUGUGAAGCGGUACAUGCUCUGCUCACUUUUUGCACAAUCUGAUAUUAGCAUAUUCAAGUGACCUAGUGCCUAUUUGAAGCAGGCACUUCAAGUCACUAAUUGCAGUACUUUUAGGGUGGGGGGGUGGGCAUGCCCAACUACAUUUCUCCAUUCAUUUUGAGCCCAAAAGCUGGAGCAACAAGACCCUGCCCUAAAGUGCUCCAGAUUUUUCAUGAGAGCAAUUUCAUGGUCACAUGUUGGAUCUCCUGGCUGGAAAAGGCCCACUGUGCUCAUGUAUUCAAGGGGCCUGUAUCUAAUCAGCUGUCACAGACAUGAAAUGGGGGUCAGUCUCACCCACCCAAGCAUAGCAGACCCAGUAUUUAAGCAGAAAGCAAGGAUUCAGUACCUAUUGUAAUUGUAGUUCAUCUAUAUAAACCUAGGUCCUCAGUCAACAAGUUUGUGACCUCUAGAAUCUGAGCAGGUCUCGAUCAGUGGCUAUCACAUAAGUAAGAUCAGAAUCAUUCCAAUGGUGAAACACCCACACACCCUUCAGUGCAAUUGAUGUCCAGUCAUAUUAUUUGGGAAACAAAGCUAAGAUUUUAUAGCCAUUUGGUCACUGGCCCAUUAAGCUCACUCUAUCCAAAGUCCAUGAAUGAUUAGUUGAGCAAGGAUUCCCUUCUCCCAGCCCUUGCUGUUACAAUCUCUGUGACCCUCAACCAUCCGUUUCAAUGAGUUAACUGACUUGAGUCAACUACCUCCUUUCUCUAGGAGUCUGUUUUGCAUGUUCAUCUUUGAGUAGUUGAGUAAAGCUGAGACUGAGGUUUAACGGUUGGGAUUUUGGUGACUUCAAUACAUAAUCUCACAUUGAAAAGGACAGUUGUUUAACUGCAUACACUGCUAAAGAACUUCAAACUAUAAGUUUCUAAUUCAGAAAUGCCCAGACCUAUGCUUUUUAAUUCAAUAAAAAGGUGUUGCUAAUAAUAACUACGGACUUUAAAACGUUCACUAGUGACAGAUUAUCAUGACUAAAUAUGUGUUUAUCACUAAGAGGUGAUGCUGUGCUGCUUCUGAAUGUUGGAUAGCUUUGUAAAUCUACAUGCAAAAAUCACAAACAAUUCUGGCUUCUCAGAUUUAUAUAGCAAAACUAUCAAUUUGGAUUUUUCUUUGUUGCUUUUUUCACUUUCAUAAAUUUUGAAUGCUUUAAUUUGGAACUUAUAUUUUGUAUCAACCAACAUCACUAAAAACAGAUUAUCUGCUCAUUUGUCUCAAUGCUGUUUGUGGGAGCUUGCUGUGUGCAAAUUGGCUGCUAUGUUUCCCUGCAUUAUAACAGUGACUACACUUCAAAAACACUAUUAGCGGUGAAGCAUUUUGGAAUGCCCUAUGGUUGUGAAAGGUGUUAUAUAAAUAUUUUCUUCACUGACAUACAGCUUGGAUCAUGCUGUCCGUGUUUGCCAACCUGACAAAAACCAACGGGUCUAGGUUUGUCUUUAACUCCAAUAUAUCAUGUUGCAUAACUUUUGUAUAAUGGUAUAGUAUAUGAAGCAAGGUUUGAAAGGCUGCACCAUAAAAUAUUUGAUAAACAGUCGAGUGACCAGUGUAAAUCUAUAGACAUAGUUUAUCAAGAUAACGUAAACUAUUGAUAAUCAAGCUCAGUUUAGUACUCGCACCUCCAAGUUUUAUUUUUUAGGUGGACAAACUGGAGAUAAACUUGCUAAACUUGGCUCCAGAUCUGACUUUCAUGGGCUUCUUCCGACAAUCCCUAGAUUCAAAGUUGGUGCAAUUCAAUGGUUUCAUUCUGGUUCCUGCUCCUCUUCCUUAUAUGUCAGAAGUGUGCUACAUGGUGAAAAAUAACUUCAUAAUAUAAAUUUUUACCUUCGAUAUUUAGAGCAUUCCUUUCAUAUGAAUUAUGUAGCCAUUAUUUUGUUUGUUACGUGAUAAAUAAAACAUCGCAAUUUUAGUUGGAAAUAUCGCAACAGUUAAACAGCAUAAAAUAAACAGCCACAUUUAUGGUUAAAUUUUGCCAAAUGAUAUAGUUCCAUAAUACUACUAUGAUUUGGACACUUGAUUAUGUAGAUCACUGUUCAUGAUGGAUAUAGUUGAAUACUUCUGCAUGUACAUUUAUUGUAUUGCUAUAUAUACACAGAUAUACAUAACAAUAAAGUAACAAAAAUGCA